AGGAGAGAGAGAGAGAGAGAGAGAGAGAGAGAGGGAGAGAGAGAGCGAGGGGAGGUGGGAGUGUAGCUCCAGAGAGGAGGGGGAGGAGGUUUAUCCAGCACUGAGACAACUUUCAGCUCCACACACAGCGAGGACGGCCACGCACACGACCAGGUACGAUGCUGCUUCCAGCCACCGCCCUCAUCGGCUUCCUGUGCCUGAGCCAUGCAGGCGGCGCGCGGGGCUUCGCCCGGCUGCUGGAGGACCUGGAGCUGCGCUCGGCCUUCUCCGUCGCGCGCACCAGCAGCAUGGAGGGCGGCCCCAAGAUGACGGUGACCUUCGACGCCGUCUACGUCAACAUCGGGGGGGAUUUCGACCCCAAGGCCGGCCUGUUUCGCUGCCGCAUCCCGGGAGCGUACUACUUCUCCUUCACGGUGGGCAAGUUUCCACACAAAGACCUGUCCGUGAUGCUGAUGAAGAACAGGAACGAGGUGCAGGCCAUCGUGUACGAGGAGAACGCUGGGGAGGAGCGCAAGGUCCAGAGCCAGAGCGUGAUGCUGCAGCUGGAGUUCGGUGACACCGUCUGGCUCCGUCUCCACGGCGACCCUCGCUACGCGCUCUACAGCAACACCGGCCACUACACCACCUUCAACGGGUACCUCGUCUACCCGGACACCUACGGCUACCAGACCCGCCACCACCAGCGCCAUCCGGACUACAGCUCCCAGCAGCCUCAGCGGGACCACGCAGCCGUAGUACAGAGCAACCAGGCCACGGAGGAGGAGAAAGACCUGCAACACAGGGAAGAGGAGGACGAGGAGGAGGACGACGAUCAGAGGUCCGCCUUCUCCGUGGGCCGCACCCAAAGCAUUGUGGGAGUCAACCAGGUGGGCAUGCCGCAGCACCAGCCCGUGAGCUUCGACACGGCCUUCGUCAACGUGGGCGACGACUUCAACGUGACGGAGGGCGUGUUCACCUGCCGCGUUCCCGGCGCCUACUUCUUCUCCUUCAACGUGGGCAAGCUGCCGCAGAAGACGCUGUCGGUGAAGCUGAUGAAGAACCGGCUGGAGGUGCAGGCGAUGAUCUACGACGACAGCCAGGGCGAGAAGGCCCUGCAGAGCCAGAGCCUGAUGCUGUCGCUGCAGCCGGGGGACACGGUGUGGCUCUACUCCCACCAGAGGGACGGCUUCGGCGCAUACAGCAACCACGCCAAGUACAUCACCUUCACGGGCUUCCUGGUUUACCCAGACUUCCCCGGCAGCGGUGGCACCAACCAGUCGUCCACGGAGAAGAAGCCGUAGCUGCACGGCACCAGCUGAACAUUGGCGUGGACGCGUGAGAAGGCUGGUGGUGAAAGCUGCUUUCUGCUCCUGAUGCUUCCUCUUCAUACCAAUUCCUUUGCAAAGUAACCGAGACUUUGGGCCGAGUGCGGAGUUAAAUCCGGUUCUCCCCGACGUCCAGCGGGACACAACCUCAUCCACGCUCCCGUGAAAAUGUUUUACUCCAAUGAGGAGUCGUCAUCUGCACACGUGAUCGUCUUGUGUCUGUCAGACACACCGGUUCCAAUCAAACUGAGUCAAACUCAUCGAGUGUUUGGUUUGUGUGUGUGUGUGUGUGUGUGUGUGUGUGUGUGUGUGUGUGUGUGUGUGUGUGUGUGUGUGUGUGUGUGUGUGUGUGUGUGUGUGUGUGACUUUACACUCGUUCCCGUUUCACUGCUCAACGUCUACUCACAGUAGCUAAGACUUUACUAAUUAGGUAAGUGGUUGAAACAAGUCUGAAUCUGAAGAAAUGGUUGGAACCAGAUUCAUUGAAUCUGGUUUUUAUAGACACUUUUAAUUUCACCCUCUGACAAAACUUUAAAGACCCUUUUCAUCAUUUGUGCCGUGGCUCCAGAUGCAAUAAAAAGGAGCCCAACUCCAGAUUCCACGUCUUGUUAAAAAGCAAAAUCACGAUGACACGAUGAUCAAUACAAAUAAUGAGCAUUAGAGGCUCUUAUCACUCCAGGCGGUUGAUUUUCAGAGCAGAUAUUUAAGUGGCACAAAGUUGGGACGUUCAUUUAGUGAGUGGAUUGUUUCUGUUCUUCUAAACUCUCUUCGCCCCUUCGAGGAUGAGACGCCCGUUGUGUUUUGCGUUCGUCUCGUCCUGAGCAGAGAACGAGACAAACGAGAUGCAUUUUAAGGCAGUCUCAUAUCCAAACAUUGGCCAUAUGUCAAACUCAGCCUGGGGGAACCGGGCCACGGCUCGGUUCUAAUUCUAGCAGCGUUUAAUUCAUUUCUCCACGUGUCGACCACUGUGGGGAAAAUUGAAUUGCUUCUCUCGGCCACGUCCAUUUAAUUUCACACCGUCGGCAGAAAGAGGAUGUGGAUGAAAUUGUGAUCAAUCUGACUUUAUGAAAUGACCUUCGCUUUACUAAACAUGCACCUUUAUUAUUUGACUAGAUGUGAAUCUGAGAGGUUUUGAUAUGAGCUGUGAUGCGUUGACUCGCCUGUGCACUGGAAGCAGAACGUCUUCUUCCAGAGCAAGAACUGACACAAAUAUAUAUAUAGAUGUUUAUUCUGCUGCAUGCCUUGAAAAUGUGUCUUGUAUUGGACAAAUUCAUUUUAUUACAUUCUGCUGUUCUGUUCAUUCCAUUCAGUUGUUUUGAGACUGAGACAGAAAAAAACGAACCUACUGUACGUGUAGGUUUAAGUGCCAUCUGUGGUGACAAAUCAAACCUGAAGCAGUUGUCAGAGAAAUCCAAGGAAACGCGACUUUGAAUCUAGUUCUAGGACUCGAAGAAGUGUUGACCCAAACGCCACGAGGAACUAAUGGUUCGCCGAGCCUUGACUGGUCCCAGCCGAACAUUCAUCGAAUACACAAUACGCAUUAUUCAUAAAAUAUUAAAAACGCGUCACUUACCCUCACAACAGGCCAAGAGUCACAACGUGCAAACGAAAACCCCGUCAGUUUAAACCACACGCCGACGUCCGACAUCGCGCUCACCGUGCGCAAAAAACGCACGGGAGUCAGCUUUGCGCAAAGACGCCCUGCGUGCGCAUUUCUAAUGAGUCGAAAUAAACAAGAGAAAAAAGCGUCGUUUCGUCUGUCUGUGUCUGUGGUUGUGCAUGCUGUCAAUAAAUGUGUUCAUGAGGUCUGCUGAGUUCUUGUGUUACCAGCAUGAGGUCAGAGUUUCGUGAUGCAGCCUCCGUUUCCUGUGUUACAUUGUUUUGUAGUUACAGCCAAUUUGAUAGAUUUUAACUUGAUCUUGAGAAAGGUUCCAAGUUAAAAUCCUUACAACCACGCACACUGUCACCUUCCUGAACUCAAAGAAAUAUCACUAAUAGUGUUUUGUUCCAGUUUAUGAAGCGUUCAGCUGAAGGCAGCCGGCACAUCUUAACGAGGGCCCAGCUUCAUAAGCUUGUGCUCAACAGCUUGUAAAGAAAAACCCACUUCGCCUCCAGAUUUAAAUUUCAAAAUGAAGCUGAACCUUCUCCAGCUUCAUGAAUAUAACUCUGAAAACCAACCUGGCGCUGUGGUUUGUUUCAUUGUUCAAGUAACAGCAGGUGUUUUCCUAUCAAAGCCUUUUAAGCGAGAGAAGCCAAACGUGGAGGUUGUCGGUUGCUUCUGCCACUAAUCAAGCAUCUCCUGAUCUUUGUAGCUGCAGUGACUUCAAUGACAAUGACAAUGAAAUGCUGUUUUUUUUACACUAUGGAGCUGUGACUGUGCCUCAUCCACAUUGUGUCGUCUGUCACAGUCCGACGCUUGGAGUUCAUUGUUUUUCCAUGUUGGAAUCAGGCCUGACCCGUCAUCACAUCACGACCGCAGACACCACAGGGUGCGAGGUCACACACUAAUGCAUGCAUGUAACUGAACAUACAGUGGAUUAAAAAUUGUCUGAGCAGCUUCGGUCUGUUAACGGCUGACGCCUGGUAACUGUGUUUUUAUUGAUUUGUGAAUUAUCUGUGCAGUGAUUGACAAGUACGUUGGAUGUUUCUGUUCUUGACACUUUCUUUCUGAUAAUCCUGAUGAAAGAUUGUUGUGUAUUAGAACUACGUCGUGCAGACACGGGUCAACAUGUCCGAACAUUUUAAAAGGCCUUCCUCAGUUUUUGUUGAAAAAAGAAUCAAAAGACGACUAAAAACAUUAUGACCCGUGUCCUGUUUUAAAUAGUCUGACUCAAGUUACCUCUGAAAUGUUCUAUUCUUACGUGUAAAUGAAUGCGCUAUGGAAACUGUGGGACAAAAUAAAAAACAAACUCCA